AUGGAUCUCAGGACGGUUUGGAUCCAGCCGGAACAGAAGGGACCGGUCAAUUCUCUGUGGAUGCAUUUCUGGAGGACCUCGCAGGGAUUGGGUACGAAUUCCAGCGUUGACAACCACCUUCACCACCAACGCAACUUUGCGGUGCAGAACGCGAACUCGGUGGACUCUUGCGGUGAGAUCCGCAGACACGAAUCGCCGCCACCGGGGCUCGUGUUCGGGAAACAUCCGCGGCGAGACGGGGAGCGGGGGAGUGUCCGGAGGAAGGGCUCGCUGUCCCCGUCCUCCUCCUCGUUGGACUCGGAGGCCGAGAGCACCUCGCCCUGCGGCUCCUCUCUCCACAUGGACAACCUGAACGUGGCGGAGGACCGGGAGCAGUUCGUACACCUCGGCGAGCGCAGGUUGAACGAGAACAACCUCCGGCGGCAGCACCCGGCCCCUCCGCCGGCCGCCCAGCAGCAGCACUGCCGCAGCGUGCCCCGUCCGGGCGGCCACACCCCCACCGGGGGCAGAAACCAGCCGGGGGCCGGCAGGCAGCACCACCAGCCCCAUGCAUCCGGCCGCAGGAGGCACCUGAACCGGGCCAACACCUUCCACGGCUUCAACCCGCUGCUGUCCUACGGCUUCAGGGGCCAUCACCAUCAUGGAGACUCCUCGUGCAGCAUGUGGAAAACCAGGCGCUACAGCCCGGGCAUCAACGGGCUGCAUGAAGAAAUCGUGGACUUUUUUAACUUCAUGUCCCCCAGACCUGAGGAAGAGGCCAUGAGAAGAGAUGUUGUAAGCAGAAUAGAGGGGGUCAUUAAAGAGUUGUGGCCCACAGCACGGGUAGAGAUAUUCGGCAGCUUCAGCACAGGACUGUAUCUUCCUACAAGUGACAUUGAUCUGGUGGUGUUUGGAAACUGGGACCAUCCUCCUCUGCAGGAACUUGAGCAGGCCCUGAAAAAACACAACGUGGCCGGCAAUUAUCCCAUCAAAGUCCUCGACAAAGCAACGGUGCCGAUUAUAAAACUCGCCGACCAUGAAACGAAGGUGAAAGUGGACAUCAGCUUUAAUGUAGAGACUGCAGUCAAAGCAGCACAGUUCAUCAAGAGCUAUCUAAAGAAGUACACAGUUCUUCCACCCCUGAUCUUCGUUCUGAAGCAGUUUCUCUUGCAGAGGGAUCUCAAUGAAGUCUUUACUGGAGGCAUCAGCUCCUACAGCCUUAUCCUGAUGGCCAUCAGCUUCCUGCAGCUACACCCUCGGAUCGACACGCGGCGGUCCAACAUCAACCUGGGCAUCCUCCUCAUCGAGUUCUUCGAGCUCUACGGCCGCGAUUUCAACUACGCGAAGACGGGCAUCCGUGUGAGAAACGAAGGAGCCUACCUGUCCAAGGACGAUGUGCUCAAAGCCAUGGGGACCGGAAACAGGCCGUCCAUGCUCUGCAUAGAGGAUCCAGUCCAGCCAGAUAAUGAUGUGGGCAGGAGUUCAUAUGGAGUCCUACAAGUCAAACAAGUCUUUGACUUUGCCUACAUGGUGCUGAGCCACAGUGUGUACGCUCGCUCUUACCCGAACAAAGACUAUGACAGCACUUUAGUUCGAAUCAUCCGAGUCAGCCCUGAGGUGCUGGCUUACAGAGAAUGGACAAUCAAGAAGUGGGGGGCUAAGCAGUGUGCCAAGCUGGAAAACCAAGAUGUAGAGGCCUGCGAGCAGGAUCUGGCCCGGAUGAUGGUAGGUGGGGAUCAAAGGGACUCUUCCUCUCCACUCAGCGCUGACUCCCCCUCACCUUCUCCAGUCUUUCCUCCCAGUCCUCAGCAUCAUUCUUCAUCGUCUUCUGCAUGCUCACUCUCCUCUGGAAGCGACGCUGAGUCUGAUUCUCCACAAAACAACAGUGCUGCUAUCCAGCUCUACCCUCUGACCUUGGCUUCGAUUCAUUCGAUGAUCCAGAUGGCGGCUGACCUGGGAGUCAGACAAUCAGCAAACUUUAUCCACUCAGUGCAUCAGCUGUCUCUUCCAGAAAAUGUCCCCAUCGCCGCUCUGUCUGAUUGUCAGUUCUACCACGAGAACCCUCCUUCCAUCAGCACCGUGCACCGACACACAACACAAGUUCCCCAUCACUCCAAGCCCAUGAGCCCCCUCCUCAGCCCCCUCCACCACCCGCAGGUAGGAGGGCAGCACACUUACACCUACACCAUGAGGUCCAGGUCCCACGGCUCCAUAGAGCUGCAGAAAUCCGGCUUCAAGCAGAACCAAGCUGCCUAUAACCUCACGGGCAGCUUUAGUCCCCAGCACAGGUUGGUUCCCCCGAGUCCUCACAUGGCGUCAGGUUUCAGAAACCAGCAGCAGUACAACUGCAACACCUGGAGACGUAGAAAGAAGGACAGUGUCCCGGCUGCUAACUAG